AUGAAGGAAGCCAUGCGAUUACACCCCGAGGUGGCGUACCCCUUGGAAAGAUACGUCCCGCCCGAAGGUGCAAGGGUCUGUGGCGUCGCACUACCCGGCGGCACGAACGUCAGCAUCACAGCGCCGGUCGUGCACCUGGAUAAGACGGUGUAUGACGAAGAUGCGGCCGUCUUUCGACCAGAGAGGUGGCUGGAAGCGGAGCCCGAGCGGCUGAAACUGAUGGAAAGGAGUUUUCUCGCGUUCGCCGCCGGAGCACGGACCUGCAUCGGCAAAAACAUCUCCAUCCUCGAGAUGGGCAAAUUCAUCCCCCGGAUCCUGCGACAUUUCGAUCUCGAAUGGGCGGCCGAUCAUCCAGAGUGGAGGACCGAGGCCGUCUGGAUCUGGCAACAGUCGGCGUCAUAG